AUGGCGAAAAAUAGCUCUCUGCUGUCGCCGGACCUGCCACUUAUCAUUUUGCAAAUCUUUUUAAAAAAUAUUGAAGUGUUGUUGUCCAUCGGGCCAAGAACCUCGAUGCAAACAGGUAAAAAAUCCAUCGAGGGCAGGGCACCUUCAUAUUUUUUAAACUUUUCAUCCGAUGCCCUGGUUGCGGCCCAACCACUUUCUUUGCUGGUUAAGUGCACGUACCGUUCCGCUAAUGUGCCCGGAACGGUUACGUCCCACGCCAGGCAUCUACCGGCUCUCCAAGGAAUCAACGUGCAGCCAUCCGGACGUUUUCCAUCCAACGCGGAAAUUCCCGAGGGCUCUUUAAGAACGGGUAUUAAAGCCUUGGAGAAAAGCCAGCAGAUGUAA